AUGUUCUCCGCCUUCUUUCUGAGGUUCAGCAAGAGACCUUUGGGGUUUUUGUGUUUCAUAAGAAUCAAUUUUAUAGUAUUAAAAAGGAAAUAUCACGGGAACAAAGGCAACGCACAUGCGAGGGAGAACAGGUGUCACGAAACAACAGGUGUUCGUCAUCGUCAGCCUCUUCUUCGCCUCGUUGCGGGAGUGACACGUGGGUUUGGACAGCAGGCUCUUGCUGGCGAGGCAGAGAAAGUGUUCAUCAGAACCAUGAGAGGGAGUGCGGUGAUCAUACGACUGGCGAUAUUCACCCUCGUGUGCAUCUGCUUCUACGAGAGGGCGCUGACACGACCCCAGGCCGAAGUCCCGAAGGUCGACCUCCACGCCGGGACCGUCUUGGGCACCGUGGAGACUUCACCCGGCGGGAGGCUUUACUACGUCUUCAGGAGUAUUCCGUAUGCUGAGCCGCCCGUAGGAGAACGCAGGUUUAAGCCACCCGUGCCACCGUCUGCCUCGGGGAGAUUGGCGAAUCACCUGAGAUGGCCGCCGAGCUGUCCACAAGUUAUAAAAGAGAAACAGUUGAAAGGUGUAAGAGAAAUAAUGGGCGAGGAAGACUGCUUGUAUCUCAAUGUCUUCACUCCAUCAAUGCAGGUAAAAAAAUACCCAGUGAUGGUGUACAUUCACGGUGGCGCCUUCCUCACCGGGAACGCCAGCCGCCACGACCCCAAGCUCUUCAUGGACCAAGACAUUGUCGUUGUUAUUAUUCAGUACCGUCUGGGAGUUCUCGGGUUCCUGUCGACGGAGGACGAGGUGCUGCCGGGCAACCUGGGGCUGAUGGACCAGACGCUCGCCCUCCGCUGGGUGCGCGAGAACAUCGCUCGCUUCGGGGGCGACGCGACGAGGGUCACCGUCUGCGGCUUGAGUGCCGGCGCCGCCUCGGCCCACAUGCACCUCUUCAACCCCCACGCGGAAGGACUCUUCUCGCGCGCCAUCCUGAUGUCGGGGUCGGCGCUGUGCCCCUGGGCCCUGAGGAAGGGCCACAGGAAGGUGGCAAUGACAAUUGGCGAAUCACUCAACUGCAAAUCGGACCCUCGGGCCGCCGGCGGUGUCGAGAAAAGCAAGCGCUUGCUGGAAUGCCUUCGAAGAGCUCCUCUCACGGAGCUGGUGUCCUCCUUCAUGGCCUUCCAGGUGUGGAACAGCCUCCCGUGGGAGACGGUGCCGCGGGUGGACGGCGACUACCUGCCCGACCACCCGGCGCGCCUCCUCGCUCAGGGGCGCUUCCAUGACGUCAGCAUCGUCACCGGCGUCAACCUGCACGAAGGGCGGCUCGUCACCCAAGGCAUGUUCUCAAACCCGGAGGUGUUCCGAGCGCUGGCGACCAACUUCGACUCCCUCGCGCCCAGCGUGGCGCUGCUCUUCCAGGAGGGCGACUACUGGCCGGGGAGUCUCGCUCGCCGCGCCUUCCAGUACUACCUCGGGGGCACCGAGAUCAGCGCCAGCAGCCACGCCGACGAAGUGGCGCUCACGCAGUUAUUCGGCGACCGUUUCUUCAAGAUACCGCACGACGACACAUGGAACAUCACUUGGCGUCAUCUUAGAACCGGGCGCGUCUUCACCUACGAGCUCCUGUACAGCAGAGGACAGAAAGGGUUGUGCAUCCGGCAAUACUCCAGUACCUGUUUCCCUACUCUGACGGCCAGCCACUCACGGGAGCGGACAAACAGCUGUCGGACACGUUGCUGAGACUGUGGGUCAAUUUUGCCACAACGGGGGACCCCACACCCGACGCCUCUCUCGGCUUCCGCUGGACGCCCAUCAGCGCAUCCAAACAGGCGUACCUCAGCCUCACGCCCACGCCCACUAUGACGUCAUCCUCUAGACUGAACGAGUGGUUACUGUGGACUUCUUUCCCAACUGAAGCCAACAGGUUCCUUCACCUCGACCGCAUUCAAGAGUAUGUGCGAUUCCAUGCCAAUAAUAUGGGAUAAGAAUAUAGGUUUAAGCAUGUAUGUAUGUGUACGUAUUGCAUGUACCUUGCAAGUUGAGUGUUUUAUUUCGUUAUAUUUUAUGAUUAAAAACAAUACCACGUUGAUUUCUUCUUCUUCUUUUGGACCAAAUAUCAACUUUUCGAGAAAAUCACACAGCUCUGCAUAAACAAGGAUUUAAAGACAAAAAUUGAUUGAUUUUCGAGAGUAAAAAAAAAGGAU